AUGAGAUCCUCCACAGGUACGCUUCCUCUCUGAUCUCUUUUCUCCUCAUUAUUUAAAUAUUCAAAUAUCAAAUCCACGGCUGUGAAAUGUUCUCUCAUUCUGUGUGCUGUAGGUAAAACAGUCUUGCCUGCUUGUUCAGUUUAACUAUCAAUGACCUCAGUUGUUUUCAUCCUGAUUAAAUAUCUGCUAUGUUCCCAGAGAACAACUGUGGGGCUCAUACAGCUAUUAUGCAGACCUGUGGAGUUAGUAAUCUAAAGAUAAUGUGUAUAAACAGAACAAAAAUGUUAUGCAUUUAAAUGUCAGACGAUCAAAAAGGUCUGUUCUUCUUAAAAAGUCCACAAGAUACUCCAAAAAAGAGAGAAUCCCCACAGAGGCCCAUGUUAAAAUGUCCUACUAUACAACAGAAAUGAAUAUGUUUACAUCAAGUACAAAAAGAGUUUGGGGUUUCAUUGCUCAUUUCUUUUAAUGAGAAUAUCCAUUUUUGAUAUAACUCACUUUUUUUAAUGAUGUUAAAGAUUAAAGAUUUGUUGUCUGCUCAGUAUCACCUGAGCUGAUUUAGUCACUGAGCUAAAGAUCUUAGCUGUGUUUGGGGUAUUACAGUCUAUUAGAGUUUUUUUUUUUUUUUUAUGACACUAUGAGACAAAUGAUCCAUUUUGUAGGACUGUCAGACUGUCUAAGGUGCCAGACGUCAAAGGCGGUUUACACUCAGUCAAAUUCCAACACCAUUUUAAUUUUGUAGUUAUUAACCGCUAGUCUUGACUAGUCUUAAUUAACUACAGUCACUGGCCUUGGCUGAUGAGCUGAGCUGGUAUUUAACUUUAAGCUGAUUAUCUAUAUCAGUGUUUGAAAUUAUCAAUUGCCAGUGAGAUCAGUUGAUUGAAGAUAGUGCUACUUUGGAUCCACUGCCUGUUUGUCUUUCUCUCUGGGACUCUUUUCACUGUUUUGUCUCACUCAAAGUCCCGCCCACAACAGUAUCUGACUGGCUGGACAUCACACAACUGUGUGAUAAUGGACUGUUAGUGUAGCUGGUGAACUGUUGACAAUGAUGUUUAAAUGUUUUGAGUUUUGAAGAAACAGCCCUGUUCUUACAAUUUUCACAUUAAGCAUUCAAAAGUGAAGAUGUAUUUGACUGUCAAAAGUCAACAAGAUGAAGUUUUCUGUCACAAAUUUUGUCAGUCGAGGUGAAAGAGGAGAGCUAGAGGAGGCUUUUUUUACUGCAAUAGUAAAUAAGUUACUAACGGAGUUCAUUUUUCUAUUAAGUUUGGGUCCUGCUGUGUCCUGGUGUAGUUAUACUUUUAGACAAAAACAUGCUUCAGUGUACGUCAUGUAUUGCCCAUUUAUCCAUUUCAUUAGCUGAUACUGUGGUUUGUUCUCUGACUCCUCUCCUGUUGUUUAAAGGAAGACCUCUUGUGUUUGUUCACUGUAUUCCUCCCUCAGGAAUAAAAUUGAGUUUUCUUUCCUCAGAAGUCAUCACUGUCACUCACUGAUGAAUCUUCAUUAGAUUAGAGGGAAUAAACCCUCCUGGAGCUCCAUGAGUGUCUAAUCAUGUCUCUGUGUCUCUCAGGCUGUCAGGAUGCCAUGGAAAUCCCUCGGUGAGUUCAAACACUUACACCCUAAUGGAUGCAUGUUUUUGGUGUUUGUUUAGGGAACGUACAAGUUUUGUAACUCCGCUUUACGAGUCUUGUGUUGUUUUCUAGUUUAUUCAUUGUUUGUUCCAAAGGUGAGGAUGUGUUUACUGUUUCCUGAUAAGGAAAGAUAGAGGAAAAUUAGCCCCUAGUUGACCCUGCUGUAGUGUAUGAGAUGGUUACAUACUGCAUAUCUUUCGCAUAGUUUACUUUAUAAAUAAAACAUACUAAUGAAUAGAUGGGAAAUGCCAAAACUUUGAAUGAAAAGGUACUUUACAGCCUUUUGAAUAUUGGGUUAUUGUGUUUUAUAGCCUUCUCCAUGUUCUACACUAAAAGCAGUUUUUAGUACACAUAAAACUGCUUACUAGUUCAGCUCAGUGGCUAGACUGCAUGCUCCAUGUACAACCUUAAUUCUAAGUCAUGUAAACCCUAUAUUCAGUCAAAAAUGGUGCAAAGAUGGCAUAUCAAAUGUGGAGAAAGUUUCAUUAUUAAAACUUUAAGGUUCAUUUGAAAUUUAAUGAAGGCAACAUGUUUCAAAACAGUCGGGACUGGGGCUUGUUUAUAUUUUGUUGAGUCAUUUCUGUUUUUCACAUCACUCUGUUCAUGUACAAGGACCAAAAAGAUGGUUUGUCAAACUGGAGAAACUAUCUUUGAACAGAGGUAGUGGACAAUGGCACUACUUAUUUCUUUCGACAACAAUCGAAACAACACAUUUGUGUCGGAUCACAAGUUUUAACAUUAUGCUAGCCUGAAGACCCCCCUCCCCACAGGUGAAACCAGGUCAAUGACCCUGCUAUAACUACUCUCAGGUGACCCAGCUGUGAACGAUUCUCAGGUGACCACCCACCCCUUCUACAGCUGGAGGACCAUCAGAGGCUAUAAAUUUCCAACUUUGGCCCCAGUCACUUUAGAACUGAGUAAGCCUUUUGGAAGAGUGGCAAAACAUUUUCAAGAACCUCAUAAAGUCCAGUUGCCUUUUCAAAGAAGAUUCGAACAGUCAAAACAUUUUUUUUUUUGUUGCACACAGAAGAAAAUGAUCCUGAAAUUGUUGAAGUAUUUGGUCGUGCAAUCUCUUGCAAAAAAUAGCAAAUUAAUCGAACCAGUUGGUUGAAGCUUCUCUUGGUGUUUUUAUUUAUUUUUACUACAUUUUGAUCGUUAAGAUAAGAGUCGAUUUUUCAAUAAAACAAAUUUUCAGUCUCAACAUUUGAUCUGUUAUCUUUGCACACGUUUCUGAUUCAAAUUGAUGUAUUUAGUAUAACUCUAACUUUUGAUGACUUGAAAACUAUCAAAAUCUUUUUCUAUUUGUAACUUUUUUGGUGUUGGGUCUGUGAACACGGAACAUGUAUGUAUUGGCGUACCAAAGUUCUCAAAGUUGGUGCCAAGAGUUCAAAUCCCCCUCGCUCUUUUAAGGUCUUUACUCUAUUUACUGUCCCAUUUCUAAAUGAAGAAAUCAAGGGAUCAAAAAACUUAUCUAAAAAGAGGCUAAGAUAAUUUCAAACAAAUGACUGAAAUACUUUAUUUACUGACUUUUCUCUUAAUUUUAUCAGUUUAUCUUGCUGAUAGUUUGGGUUUUUGAGAGAUUACUCUUUUAAAUUUGCUUUUACGUAGACACAAUUAAGUACCUGCAUUGUAGAUUUUACUCCCUCCAGCAGUAGCAGUUUUAGCCUCUUCACUGAAACAAAUAAUGCUGUGGUUUAUGACUUCCCAUGUAAUAAUGACAUAACUUUGAUAAGAGUGUAGCAGAUAAAAACUGCGAGCUCAGUGUGACCUUUUAUCAGGGUAGAUAAAUUUCUGUACAACACGUGCUUGUCUUGAAAUCCUGUCGUUCAGUUUAAGGUCACUAAAGCUCUUUAAUAUACAGUACGCUUUUCAUUUUAGCUCAAUAUUUAAUAGAAUUAGUCUGGACAAGAAAGGAGUUCAAUACAAAGACUAAGUGAUGUUAUGUCAUUUUCUAUCCCAUGCAUCUCAGCAGUACAGAGAAAAUAAGAAAUAAUAAAACAACACUGUGGCCAAUCAGGAGGAUUUCGCUUCUAUCAUGCUAAAACCUCCCAAGAUUACAGGCAGACUUCAUGUUUUAGGAAAGAUCAUCUCUAACUGUAUUCUUUCUCUCUUUGCUUCAGUUUUACCUUCAAUCCAAAAGAGGGGAUUGAUAAUCCAGCUCUGGUGAUCUCUGAUGACCCCGGUGAGGCUUCAAAGCUAUGUUAUCUUUCAGAGCUCCUUUUUGUAAAAAUCUUUUCCAGUGUUCCCUUUAUUGAUAUCCGUGUUGUGUGUGCAGAGCCUGAUCGCAGCCUGGUACCCAGACUGUGCCAGCUGAAGCGUGUGGAGGGGCAGAGCUUUGGUUUCCUGCUGCGAAUAGACCAGGACAGCGGGAGCUUUGAGAUCACAUCUUUGCAGCCAUGGAGUCCUGCAGAGUACAGCGGCCUCAGAGACGGAGACAGAGUGCUGGAAGUCAACGAGGAAUAUGUUGAGAACAUGGACUUUAACAAGGUGACAGUCCAGAAUUUAACGUUGAAUCAGCUCACCUGUUUAUAUUCAGUUUCUUAACGGCUUGUUCAACUGUCUUUAUGUUUGCACAGGUGGUGAGGAAGAUCCAGUCAUGUGGCCUUCACCUCUUCCUCCUGGUGUUGGGGAGCGAGGAUUAUGAGCAGGUGAUUCAAUAGGACUACCUUUCAGCUGGUGAAGUCAUGGUACUUACAGUCACUGCAGGACAGGUGCUUUUAUACCAGGACAGAUACAGAAGUAUUAUGAUACUUCUGAUAUGUAAUCACAUUACAUAUGGUUUGUGCCUUUAGCAUUAAAGUGCUUGUGAGGAACUUUUGGUUUUUGCCAAUUUUGUUGCCCCCAUGUGGACAAAGCAGUCUUCACUCAUCUUGUCUGCUGCACGCCUGAGUAUUUAUUUAUGACAACAAACCUCAUCCUCCUGACAGUCAGAUGUAGUCACAGCCCAGUAUUUUUUGAGACAUGGUGCAGAUUCUGAGGUCACAUAACUCUGUUCACAAAAAAAAAAAUGUGUUGUCUCUCUUCUGCAGGCACUCUCUCUUGGUGUGAACAUGCAGUCUUUGGCUAAAUCCUCCAAGAGGAGCAGCUGGUCCAGAUCCAGACUGUGUCAUAUCAGCAGAGACACGGAGCUCGGCCUGGGAAUGUCUGUGGUUCUGCUGGAAGGUACUAACACGCUGCUGUCACUGUUUGACAGAGUGUUAACCACACAGACAGAGUGAAACUUACUCAUUUACAGCUCCCCCGUCUCUCUUUGAGGGUUUCAACUCUUUCAGUGGGUGUUUGGAUAAUGGAAAGACUAUCAAUGAUUCACCUUGUUGUGCUCGGUUUUCUGAGAUUGACCCCUUUUUCUUAAAGUUGAUAUUGUGUUAUUCAGGAGUUAAAAGCAAUAUUUUUGUGUAGAAGAUACGCAUUAUUAGAUUGGAUAUUUUCAUGUAACUUCUUUAUAAUGUGUAAUCAGGCUUUGACGCAUGGUUUGCAUUCCCGUCAGCUCUGUCUGCAUGUUGACAGUGUUGUUAACUGGUCUCAGUCACGCACCCCUCCAAAGACACUGAUCUGAAGGAAUCACAUCUGCAUGAGAGUUAAAAGGCUAACCAUGAUUUAUCUCACUACCAAGUGCAGUAGCUUUACAGCCAAGAGUCUCCCUAUGAUUGAAAUUAAUUCAUCCUAACAGUAGGGAUGUCUCCUCAGGUCAGAGGGGACAGUAUGCCGUCAGCACGGUGCCUGAUGGUCCUGCAGAGAAAGCAGGUGUUCAAACCGGAGACAGACUGAUCUGGAUCAAUGGAGUCAUGACCUCAACGCUCACGCAUUCAUCUCUUUGCAGAACUGUAAGCAAAAACUCUAACAUAUGUAUUUAUGUAAAGAUGACCCUCUGAGUGUCUCCUGUCCUGCGGCUGGUUCUCAGGUGAAGAAGGGCGGGGACUCAGUGACCGUGAUGGUCAUUGACCAUGAGAGUGAGAGCUGCUACAUCAGGAGGAAGAUGCCCAUCCUACCAGUGCUGUCCAAGUGCUGCAGCCUCCCUCACAACACAAAAACCAUGAGACUGAAGAAAGGGAAAGACGGUUAUGGCUUCCUGCUGAGACAGGAGAGGCUGGCAGGGAGCCGACGGAUCGGUGAGCACAGAGAAAAACACUUACAGAUACUCACCUCAAGUAGACCGUCUGAAGUUAGAGGCAGCCUGGGAAUAAUGAAGUGGAUAGAACACGACUGUUUUUGACAGAAACAUGUCUAGAUUCACUGUGUUCAGGUUUUCAGCAGAAAAAAAGGACAAAUAAUUUGAUAAAGUUAUAACUCAUAGUAUCAGAAGUCACCAAGGCCUGAAUUCAUUUCGACUAUCUCCAGUCAGAUCCUGCCCUCGAUUUAGGGCCCAUGCAGACAUAGAAAACAUCCCAAAGUUCCUCAGGGAGAAUGCUCAGAGGGUAAUGAACUCAGAAGGGAGUAAAUGUUGUUUCUUCAAUAUGAUCUGAUUUAUGUAAUGUCAGUGUACUUGAUUAUCUUACACAACCAUAACUACAGCGUCGUAUGGACUGUGGGAGUAAGAAGGUUAAGACAGGGUUCCUACACAGGUGGAAUGUCCAUACUUUUCCAUACCCUACUUUUUAGAAUUAUGCCUACUUUUCUAUUUUAGAUAACAGUAUUUUAGAACUGUGGUAAACAUGAAUGUUUCUCCAUACUUUAUUCUUCAUUUUCCAUACUUUUUAAGACCUGGAAAUUGAUUAAAUUAUUUCCAUACUUUCCAUACUUGCAUAGGAACCUUGUUCAGACAAGUCCUGGCCUGUCUCUGACUUAUCAUUAGUGGGUUUAAAUUCUCUUCGUCUUUCUCCCCUGUGAUCCUGUGGUGAUCAAGUCCAUGUGUUGAGAGAGGUGGAUGCUGGAAGUCCAGCUGAGGAGAUGGGGAUGGAGGACGGGGACCUGCUGCUGGCUGUGAAUGGAGAACCUGUGGAGUCUGCAGAGCAUGAAGACAUAGUGAGGAAGAUCAAACGGAGUGGAGAUAAAGUCAUCCUUACGUCUAUCUCGAUACCUGGGAGAGAUUUUUACAGACAGGUGAGAUCAGGUGUUCAAGUGGAUCAGGACUCAAACCAAACCUGGAUUAGAGUUUAAUCUGUCCUCCAAUGUCUCCCUGCAGCUUGGCAUCUCUCCUCUGUUCUUCCAUGAUGAAUUUAUAAACUGGGAUGACACACUGCGGGCUGCCACACCCUGCACUGACAACCAAACUGAGACUGUGAGAGACGGACAGAAUAGUUUUGAGAGGGGCUCUGGAGUUACCUUCAGGUGUGUCUUUGACCCGACUUUAACCAUACAGGUAUGACUCUUGUUACCAUUUUCAUUUUCAAACCUUGACACAUGAAGGAAUGUUUUUAUUAUUAUUAUUUUGCAGGUCUAUUUAUUUAUAGACCUGCUGAUUCCUGAGUCACACUCUUUCAGAGAUAUGCAGACUCAUCCUUUAGUCUUUCACAUCACUUUUUAUGUGGCCUUGAGUAUUUUUUCUUGUUUUAGACCCUAGGAAGAAUAGCCAUAACUUGGGAAGAUCCUACAUCAGUAAAUACAUGAAUGAUUUUAAUUAAUUACCCAGACAUGCUCUAAAGUCAGCUGUUUGCAGUUCUAUAAAAUCUACACAUAAAGAUAAAUACAAACAUAGUUAUAGGAAUGCAUGUAUUUAUGUGAUAAACUAUAAGUUCCUGUUUUUAAAUAUUGAAAGACAAUAACCAUCUGUGAGAGUAAAUUUUCAUUUUUCAAUUUUUUUUUCCUCUAGAUUUCCGACAAAUUAAAUGAAGUUUUCUUGUGAUGCUAAAAACAUGAUUGACUGGAGUCAACAGCAAACGGUUUGGAGAAGUAUAUGAUUUUAUGGCAGGCUAAUUGUAAUGUGAAUGUCUCAUAUUUGCUGUUGUAUAUUCUUUAAGUCACCUCUGUGGAUUUGCCUCUUCAUACCCGUCAUGUUUUACUCUGGAAAAAAACUCCAAAUCCAUGAGAUCCCAUGACCUGCCUGUUGUUUUGCACAUGAUUUUCACUCAUAUUUUCCCAUUUAAUGUUUUUAUCAAUGAGUAGUGUCCUCAGUCACUGUGUAAGCUGUAUCUAUAUAUUCAAAACAUUGUUCCAUAUUUAAAAGUCCAAGGUAUUAACAUGUACAUAUUUAAAUACUGUUUCUCAUGUUUGACCAGUAAUAAAAAUAUAAUGUGAAUAAACUGGGUCUGAAUAUUUGUGCUCAUAGAAAAUGUUUUCUUCAGAAUAAAUCAUCUUGUCUUUUGUGUGUGACAAGAGCAUCAAGUAACGCACUAAAGUACACUUCCAUUUUCCUGUAAUCUGAGGACCGAACAAAAAAAUAUGGAUAAGUAAAUAAAUUUUUUUCUUAUUACAUCAGCUUUGUGCAACUAAAAAUGAUCAUUUUAUUCUUUGAUUAAAAAGAUGAUUUAGUCAUCAUUUAUAUAGAGCAAGAAGGUUGUUAGAAAUGUGAAUCAGUUUCUUCAAGUGUAGUGUUCAAACAUUUUGUCAAAAAUAAAGUAAAGUGAAAAAGUAUUCAGUGUAAAAAAGAGGGAGGAAACCAGUCAAUAAUCAUAUCUUUGACAGAAUAAAAGAACUUUUUCCUUUUUGUGUAUUUUUUAAAACACAAAUCAAUAAAUCAAGAGUAAAGGAUUUUUUUUUUUUUGUAGUUGACUGCUAUUAAUCUUGAGAGAUUAUUUAAAUUGUCUACAAAUUAAACUGCAAAAAAACAUUUCAUGGAAACAAAAAUUUAAACGUAAUUAAAAAUAACACAAUGCAAGAAUAAAAUUAUGGUAGGAUGAGUUUUUGUCUUAUGAAAUAUUAUUGUCUCACAAAACUUUUUAAUUCACAGUUUGUAAAAUAUUUUUGUUCUAGGAAAAUUUUAUUUCAUGAUAAACUUCAUUUGUUGGUUGAAGAUCAUCACAUUUUUUAGAAUAAUUGUGUUUCUUUUUCAUCUUCAUCCAAUAUAUAACUUGUGAAAUGUUUUUGUAAUUCAUAACUUUUUGAUGAAAUCUUGCCUCAGUAAAAUGUUUUCAUUGUUUAGCAUCAUGUUUUAUGUGGUCUUUAAAUGCAUGUGCAGUUGACCUUUGGGGCCACCGUAUUACAGCAAGCUUCAAAUCACUUGAAUGUCGUUGAAAUCAGCAGGUUCAAUCUCUUCAGACUGUCGCAAGUGUGAAUAAAUAUGGUAGAUUUUUUUGGAUACUGGCAUCAUCUAUCUCUUACUAUUUAAGCAGAUUGAGAGGACUGGCUCAAUACAUUCACUUCAUACUGACAUCCAUAAACCACUUACCCCAAAUUUCAUAAGUCUAUUCAGGUGUAAACAUCAUGUUUUGACUGCAACAUGUAACUUUUUUACUAUAAUAAAUACUCAUAUAACCUUUUAUUUGACUUUUCUAUCCAGGGGUCCUUAUAACAAAAGUUUUGGGUGACUGUUGUUGCAGUAUUAUGAGCUUUCCACAAGAAUGAUCUCAUGCACUGUACGUUUGUCUUCAUGGAGAUAGAGAAGUAUGGACAACAAGGUUUGGCAUUCUUUAAAUGUCACAUUUAAUGUUUUCUUUUUUCCAGGUGGCAGCGCCUGGGUCGACUGCACACGUUCCAAAACGACUGUAA